UAGCACAGCAAUAAGCAAAUAGCUUCCCUCAUUACGCAUUGCGGAUCAGAAGCGCUACUCCGCCAGCUAUCACUGCUCACCGUGUACAGAUCAGCAAGGGUGCUCGACCAAUAGAUCGUGAAGCGCGCGCAAAAAUGAGCGGGUCAGCGCCAGAGAAGAAGCAGGAGGCUGACUACACCAAUGAGGUUGAUGAGCUUACUCCGGUGGUGCGGAGCGCUGCCACGAGUGGAAAGCUAGCCGAUGCUCUCGAACAGGUAGGCGUGUUCGAGAAGAAAGCGAGAAAUGCCGCCGACCUCGCUAGCACGACUCGACUUCUCCUUCUCUCACUGCUUCUGAUUCGCGAAACUCCUUCGACAGCAUCAACAGAUUGGUCGCUCCUGUGCGAGACAAUUGUUUCCCUGUCCAAAAAACAUGGCCAGCUCAAGCAGGCCACCACAAAGAUGGUGCAGCUGGCCAUGUGCUUCCUCAGGUCGCCAGGGCAGCAGGAUGUAACCUCUGGGUCGAUGCAGGAAGAGGAGGAGGACGUAAAGAUGGCAGGGGAUGAGUCGCAAGAGCCUGGGGAAGGAGCCAAGGAUGACAAGGAAAAGGAGAGAGCGACAGUCCAGAAGGAGGAGGAUAAGAUGGACCGAGAAGGACAGGAGGCGAAAGCAGUCACCAAGCUCAUGGAAGAGGGCCGGCAAAUUGGAGAUGUUGGCCUCAGCCAAGAGGACAGGAUGAAACUGGUAGAGACGCUGCGAACGGUGACUGAGGGCAAAAUUUUUGUCGAGGUUGAGCGAGCACGAGUAACGCGCAUGCUUUCAGAUAUGCUAUAUGCCAAAGGGGACGUGAACAAGGCCGCCGAUGUGCUACAAGAGCUGGCCGUGGAAACGUUCGGCAGCAUGGACCGGCGAGAAAAAACCGAAUUCAUCCUCGAGCAGAUGCGCCUAAACCUCGAGCGCGGAGACUACGCUAGGAUGAACAUUGUAAGCCGGAAGAUUAACACGAAAUUCUUUGACGACACAAACCAGCAGUACCUCAAACUUUCUUACUACGACCUGAUGAUUCGAUAUGCGUUGCACGAGAAGAAGCACCUUGACGUGUGCAAGUACCACCGAGAGAUCUACAACACGCCUCGGAUAAAGGCCAGUGAGCAAAAGGCAGCGGACGUCCUGCGCAACGUGGUCAUCUUCCUCAUACUCUCGCCAUACGACAAUGAGCAGAGCGACCUGAUCGCCCGCGUCGAGCUCAUGGAUGAUCUGGAUAAGGUGCAAGAACACAAGAAUCUCCUUAAGUGCUUUACAACCGCUGAACUGAUGCGAUGGCCGGGCAUCGAGGCGUUGUACGGCCCGCUCCUGCGCAACUCGGCCGCCUUCGCGCCGGAUGCGGACGGAAAUGCGCGGUGGGAGGACCUGCACAAGCGCGUGGUCGAGCACAACAUCCGCGUCGUAUCCAAGUACUACACGCGCAUCACGCUUGCGCGUCUCGCGCAGCUACUCGACUUACCGCAGGCGCAGGCGGAGCAGUCGCUCGCCGACCUCGUGUCGUCCAAGACGGUCUACGCUAAGAUCGACCGCCCGGCCGGGAUUGUGGAUUUCGAGACAAAGCAGCAGGAUGAGGAUCGGCUCAAUGUCUGGGCCAACGAUCUGGGGAGGCUGCUCGAUCUCGUCGAGAGAACAUCGCACGUUAUUGGUAAAGAGCUCGCCAUCCACCGAGCAGGUUUGGUCGUCAAGGACUAAGCUAGAGUCGCCACUCACGGCUUUACGUUCGCAUUGUAUGUAAUGUCACUUCUACUGCCACGAAGUCAUCUUCGGUCGGUCGAGCUAGCAUUCAGCGCAACACAAUUCUC